AUGAAGGAUGCUCUCAAUAACUUUUAGAGAGUAUUGGAAGAGAAUAAAAAAAAUGGUGUGCAAGACAUUCCCAGAGCAGAAAUUCAAAAGUGUCUAAUCCCAGCUCAAGGACAACUGAGAUCAGCCAAGUUUCAUACUUCCUUUAUAUCCUUCCUUCUCAAGCUAAUCAAUUUGAAAGUUAUUAACGAUGUAAUGGCACACUCCUAAUUUAUAGAUUUAAAUGAUUGAGGAUGUCCUUGAUUACUUUUUGAAAAUCAAAGACAUCCAGAAAGAGGAACUCUAUUACAAGCUCAUCUAAAGUUUCAAUACCUUUGUCCAUUCGGAUUUCAUCAAUUUCGGCAAUUUUAGUUUUGUUGAAAAAGUAGAAUUUUUCAUCUCAUUCCUAGUGCUUAACCCUAGUCCUGUAUAUGAAGAACUCUAAGAUUCCUAUCAUUCAUGGACCAGCUGCCACUUCCUUAUAAAGACUAAUCGAAUUGCUUUCGGAUUCAACUCAAUUAAUAAUAGCAGGAUAGGGCUUUGACGAAAUGAAUGUUGUCUUAGAUUUGGAUAAUCAAUAGGAGCAGAAUUAGUAAUAAAUGACUUAACCAAUCGAUCAUUCAAAGGAAUUUCAGAAUUUGCAUUCUAUGUUAUCGGAUUUAAUCAAAUUAAGUGAUAAUGUCAGACCCCACUGGUAUCCUAUUUUAGUUCCUUUGGAUAGAGAGUUCGGAUUGAUAAGCAUCAACAAUUUUCUUACCAGCAUGGGGAAGUUCUUUAUAUAGUACAAAACAAUCUCAGAGUUAUUAACAGAUAAUCUAAUUUUAAUUUUAAAGAAAAUCAUUACUACUCCCUUGUUGAGAAGUUAGGUAGUCAUUGAAACCUUUAAAUGUCUGAAAAUAUUGGUGGAGAAUGAGCAGUCAGAAGUGGUUUGGACUAUUGUGAUAAGUCAGAUUAAACAAAAUGAACACUCCAUUAAUAAAAACUUAGCUUUUUAAACAUUGAUUUAUUUUGUUUAGAAUCAAGUAUUUUUGAAUAAGUUGGUUUAAUCACUCAACAGCGAAAAAGUAAAUCAAUCAUUGAAUUAUAAUAUAGAAUAUCAUAUUAGAAAUUAUAACAACUCUGUCAAACUUGGCUAAGGAAGUGUAGGAGCCAAGUGAAGCUGAAUGGAAAAGAUUGGGCGAACUGGCUCAUCCUACAAUCAAUCUAGUAGAUAAUAGCGAAGUAUAUCCUAGUGAUAAUGGUUUAGUUUGUAGAAUGUUAAGUGAAUUUUAAUCACGAUUUGCAAAUUCAUUAUGUGUUUAUGCAGAUUAAUAAAAAAUAUAACUAGGAAACCUAAUAAAAUUAUAAUCAAAUGAGAAAUUUAAUCAACUCAUAGAUUUGACUUGGAAACACAACUUGAGGGCAAUCAAGUACCUGUUGUUGAAAGAACUCGAUGAGCAGACCUUGCAAAAUCUAUUGAUUGCUUUCUAACAGUACAUCAACAUUGUGGGUUCCAUCUAAAUGAAAUCUGCAUAGAAUGCUUUCAUCAAAACUAUUUGUGAGUUCUGUAAACCAAUGUAGGGAGAGGAGUUUGCAAAGAAACAUAUCCAAAUAAACAAAAUGGUAUUGAACAUAGCAAACUGUUUAGGAAGUAUGGUUAUUAUUAAAAUGCAUUAGACUUAUUGGAAUGUAGCAGUUGGAUGUGCAUCUUUAAAACAUUUGAGGAGUGUGAAAACCAUUACUUAAGAAAUAGGUUGGCCAAGAAUUCAAGUUAGGAGGAGUAAAUCAAGACCUUUGACAUCACGAUCCUAUUCCAAAGUCUGGAUUAGUUGUUCUCCUAAAGUCCUACUUACGGCAAUGAACAUCUGAUUACUGUUAUGGAUGCUAUAAAUCAGAUAACAAUUGAGUGUUUGGAAUAGCAAUAGACGAUGGAUUAGAAAAAAUCAAAUGUGCAAUUUGGAGAAUAGAAGAAGUAUUUUUCACUUUCAAAAUUGGUUGAAUUGAUUAAGUUUAAUGUUUUUAGGUUAGAUGUAUUUUGGGAAUUGAUAAUUGCUCAUUUUAUAUCGGUAAUAUCAUCACGUAAUACCAACUUAGUUUUGAAUGCAGCCGAUACUUUAUCUUAAAUUAUCUUUUAUGGUUUCGAAUAUUUAACUAAAUUCUAUAAAAAGAACCAACAACAAAACAACCAAUAAUUUAUUAAGGACAAAUGGUCUAAUAAGGAUUCUAUAUAUCAAUAAACUCUAUUUUAACCAUGGGUGGACAUGUGCACAUUAAGACUGAAUGAUAUUAAAGAGAUCAUUCUCGCUAAUAUUCUGAAGAUGAUUCAAAAUAAUGGUCACGAAAUCUCAAAUAAGGGUUGGGAUUCCAUCUUAAUCCUAUUAUUAAAUAUUAGUUCAGAAUAAACCACAUUGUUUGUUAAAUAGGGAUUGGGAUGCACUGAAUAGAUCAUAAAUUAAUUUUUGUCUAAUUUGGAUGGCAAAUAAAUAUUUUAAUUAUUUGAUAUCAUCGAUAAUUUCAAAUCAAACUCAAGUAUUUCUUCAUUGUUAUUAUCUUUUUAGAUGAGCAGAAUAUCAAUUUUUAAAUUUGCAAUAUGCUUUGGCAUCUUGGAGAUUACAUCACCAAAAAUAAUUCGAAUUAGGAAUAAGGAAAUUUACUUACAAAUGAAUAAUUAGAAAUGAAUUUAAAGGAGAUAUUUCAGAAAUUGUCAGUUAUUGCAUUAGAUCCAAUUCCUGAGAUAAGACAUUCAGCUAUACAUAUAUUUAGUAAUCUACUAAUACAUCUUAAUUCAUAAAAUUAGUAUCUUGAAUGGAAGAAGAUUUUGGAAGAGAUCUUUUUGGAAUUAAUGCAUAAGAUCACCCAAUUGUUCUAGGAUAAAAAUCAAGCCAAAGAGCUUGAUGUAUCACAAUGGGAAGAAACUGUUAAAAGUGUGUAUUAGGCAUUUGUUAAGUUAGUCAAAAAGUACUUUCUGGUCAUUGAGGAGUCCUCACCUAAUAAGUAAAUCAAUAUUUGAAUCUUAUUUAGGGAUUAAGACAUUGAAGCAAUAAUCCGUUAAUCGAUCCCCGAUUUCAUUAUUGUCUUUUAAUAGAGUAAGGCUUUAUUGAGUAUGGAAGCAACGAAGCAAUUAAGAGAAUUAUUUUUAUAUCAACCAGUAAUUUGUCUCUAAAAUUUUGAAGAGAUUUUGAAUCAAAUUUCAGAAAUCUUCAACUUCCCUUCUUCAGAUAUCAAGUAUUUAAAAACAGUCAUUCUACAUAUAACUCCUGAUGUGUUGGAGUUGUUAAAUGACAUUAUCAAAUUAAGCAAAGAUAUCUUGAUAGAGUAAGUCAUUGACACUUACUAUAAAAUUUUGGAAUUUCCAUUGAUUGCUCAUAUGAAGAUUGAUUUGAUUCAAAAUAAAAUCUUUUUUGAAGACAAUUUAGCGCCAAAACAAAUUCUAGUAACCUUGUCCUAAACCUUGUCAAAGCAAAGUCCUAAAUUAAUACCAAGAAUCAUCCACAACGUCAAGGAACUAAUCAAAGACCCUCCUAAUGAUAAAUAUAAGCAUAUGCUGUUGAAAAGGCAUUUUUCUCAAUUUAAUACGAUGAUGGAUAACAACAUCCAACUCUUCUUUUAAUUUUCAGAACUUUAUGAAUACAUUCUAAUUACAAUGAGAAACAAUGAUCAAUACAUUUACUAUUCAGAAUUGCUCAAUGAGGAUAAGUCCAUCUAUAUGAUGAUGGCUGAAAACUAUUUAUCUAGAGCUAAAACUUACCUUUAAACCAAUAAGGAAGACUCCCUCAAAGUCCUUUAAGCAUUACAACAAAUACUGCCAGACAGAUUCCUUUUAGAUAAAUAAUAGGGGUAGAACAAGAUUCUGCAACAAGAAAAUUAAUCGUUGGAACUCUAUUAGAUCGAGUUAAUAACAGAAAUCUAUAGAGGUAAUCCCCAAUUGUCAGAGACCUCUGAGUUUCAGUAAUUUAUACAAAAACUACAUGAAAUGUCUGCCAAUUCUUAUAUAGCCAUAAAUAAGUUAUGCCUCUUGUCUUAGAAUCAAUUUGUCAUACCAUAUUUAUUGGAUGCAAGCCAAAAAAUAUUGGAGAAAGGAAUAGGUGAUGAAGUGCAUAAUUAAAAAAUAAUUUUAGAUUUGCUAAACAAUCUUCAAUCGAUUUCUAUUCCUGAUAAUUCAUUUCUAUUAUUCCAAUAAUUAAGUGGUGACUUUAUAGCUUAUCCUGAGACAUCACUUUUAUAAAGUGAAUUUGGACAUCUAUUUUAUCUAAUGCCUUAAUUGGUGUAAAUUAUAACCCAUAAAUCUGAAGAAAUCAGAAUAAAAGUAAAGGAGAUAUUGGAGCAGAUCUCCAAGAUUAUUCUAAAAUAAUAACAAUGAG